AUGGACAACCAGGCCAGGCGCGUCCCUCCACCGCACCCGGAUCCCGAUCGCGUGGCCACCAUGUACGGCGAACUCGGCAAUAAACUGGUCCAGCACGCGAAGCGCACGCAAGCGCUCGCCCAUCUGCCACCAUACCAGACGGAGAUUGUGCGAGCCGUGACGCGCGAGGUCCGCGACCUCGACCGCGAUGUCGCCCGCCUGCUCGACCCCUUCGAAGGCUCGUUCAACCCCUCCGCCGACCCGGCGACCGCCUGUGCCUUGCUGGUGGAUCAUCUGUGCAUGCGGCGCAACAAGCGCUGCCUGAUGGCGUACCACCGCGUGCGCACGGAGAAGCUAGAAGAACUCUGCUGGACGGGCGUAGACGUCCUUGAGCAGCAGCAGCCGAGCGAGUCCGAGGAGCGGGGGCCGUCGCAGGGCGGGCACAGCUCGCUGAGUCCUGAAGAGGAGGAGUACUUCCGGCAGUAUGGCGACAUGCUGGCGGCGUACAAGGGGCAGUGGACGGAUAUCGAUUUAACGGGGACCUUGGAGCCGCCAAAAGAUCUGUUUAUUGACGUGCGGGUACUGAAGGAUGCGGGGGAGAUUCAGACGGAGUACGGUGUGAUCACUUUGACCAAAAACAGCCAGCUUUAUGUCCGACAAGGGGAUGUCGAGCGGCUGAUUGCCCAGGGCUUCCUCGAGCGAUUAAGCUGA